AACCUUCUAUACACAAAUAUCAAACAAAACCUUCAAAUUUCUCUGCAUCGAUUUCAAAUCUCAGUUUCUACAGUUUUAUAAGUAUAUCAGACAAGGAUGGAAUCCAACAGGGGCAACCAGACUGGUAUUCAACAACUUUUAGGUGCAGAGCAAGAAGCUCAACACAUUGUCAAUGCUGCCAAGAGUGCAAAACAGGCUAGAAUGAGACAGGCAAAGGAAGAAGCUGAGAAGGAGAUAGCUGAAUUUCGUGCUUACAUGGAAGCCGAAUUUCAGAGAAAGGUUGAACAGACUAGUGGUGAUUCGGGUGCUAAUGUCAAACGCCUUGAUCAAGAAACAUUUGCAAAGAUCCAGAACUUGAAAGCAGAAUCCGAAAGCAUCUCCAACGAUGUUGUCCAGAUGCUUCUGAGGCAAGUGACAACAGUAAAGAACUAAGAUCAUCUCUGAACGAUGAACAGAUUCAAGUUUAUGGUCAUUUUUUUUUUUUUUUUUUUUUUUUUUUUGCAGAUUUUUGAUUACCACUAUUGCUGGUUUUCUUGCUACACCAGUUUAAUGAGUGUCGUCCAUUUGUAUUUUUAUUUAUCACUAUUGGUUUUCUUGGCCCUAGUUGAAUAAAAGAAAUCAUGUACCGAUAUUCUGUGAGGGCAAUUUUUUUAUUUCAACUUACCCACAUUGUGUGUUUACAUUAAACAAAUGAAUGAAAAGUGGUGUCAUGCACAUUGAUAAGCGAUAUGUAUUCUCACUGUGGAAAAAAUAAUUGAUUUGGUGCUUUCUAUUUAUUAUAUUAAAAUCUUUGAUUCA